AGAUGAGUUCAACAAGCAGAGCUAUUGUAGCAGCCAGCGUAGGAGUUGUGGAGGCCAUGAAAGACCAGAUGGGUAUCUGCAGGUGGAAUUAUAUUAUAAGAUCCGCUCAGCAAAACACGAAGAACCAUCUCCGGUCUUUAUCUCAGGCUAAGAACCUCUCCUCUUCAACUUCCGCUGUGGUUUCAAGCAAAGCAAGAGAUCAGAAAAUGAAGAAGUCGGAAGAGUCUUUGAGGACAGUCAUGUACUUAAGCUGUUGGGGUCCCAAUUGAGCGGUCUGAUCUGGUGAUCUGAAGAAAGUCACGAGGCAGUGAGUUCUCCGAGAAAGCCGUUGCGUGAAGAAGUCC